UGGCUGCGCCCUGAGUGACAGGGGCUGAUCUCCUUGAACAAGUGGUUUGGUUGCAAUGCACACUGAGCGCAUCCAGUUACAACACUGGCGCAAGUCGCUGUUUUACUUGUAAGGGCUAUUUAUAGACCGCUGCUGUAAUUCAUUGCAAGGUCUUAACGUCGCCACGCCCCUGCUCUUUUACUCAGUAAGUGAGUGUAUGUUUGUUGGCGACUCUUAGUUCAAAGGCUAAGAGCUCAUAGCAGCAACAUCCAGCGUUAAAGGGAGCCGGAGCAUCAUGGAAAACAACCCCAUCCCUGUUGUCACCGUUCAGACUAGCCCUUACGAUGACCAGAGACCUGGGACCAGCGGCUUGAGGAAGAAAACCUCCGUCUUCGAAAGCAAGAGGAACUAUCUGCAGAACUUUACCCAAAGCGUCCUAUCCUCCAUAGACCUGAGGGAUCGGCAGGGCUGUACAAUGGUGUUGGGGAGUGAUGGCCGAUACUUCAGCAGGACCGCGAUAGAGACCAUCGUGCAGAUGGCUGCUGCAAACGGGAUCGGGCGAUUGGUGAUCGGUCAGCACGGGAUCCUAUCCACGCCCGCUGUCUCCUGCAUUAUCAGAAAGGUAAAGGCCAUUGGAGGAAUCAUUCUCACAGCUAGUCACAAUCCUGGAGGACCUGGCGGGGACUUUGGUGUGAAGUUUAAUGUGGCUAAUGGAGGUCCUGCUCCCGAGUCGGUGACUGAAAAGAUUUACCAGAUCAGUAAAACGAUAGAAGAGUUUGCCACCUGUCCUGAUUUAAGAGUGGAUCUCUCUCGGCUGGGCAGGCAAGACUUUGAUCUGGAGAACAAGUUUAAACCAUUCCGAGUUGAAAUUGUGGACAUAGUGGAGGUUUACCUCAACAUGCUGAGGAGCAUCUUCGACUUCAGUGCCAUCAAAGGAUUGCUCACUGGACCCAACCAGUUGAAAAUAAGGAUAGAUGCCAUGCAUGGAGUUAUGGGUCCGUAUGUGAGACGUAUACUCUGUGAUGAGCUCGGAGCUCCUGCAAACUCUGCUGUCAAUUGCGUUCCGUUGGAAGAUUUUGGUGGCCAACACCCAGACCCAAACCUUACAUAUGCCACCUCUCUCCUGGAGGCUAUGAAAGGAGGAGAGUAUGGGUUUGGUGCAGCCUUUGAUGGAGAUGGGGAUCGCAACUUGAUCCUCGGGCGAAAUGGGUUCUUUGUCAAUCCCUCGGAUUCCAUUGCUGUGAUUGCAGCAAAUAUCUCCUGCAUUCCGUACUUCCAGAAAACAGGAAUUCGAGGAUUUGCGAGGAGCAUGCCCACCAGUACAGCACUGGACAGGGUGGGAGAAGCCAUGAAGAUACCGGUAUAUGAAACUCCAACAGGUUGGAAGUUCUUUGGGAAUUUGAUGGAUGCUGGAAAAUGCUCUCUCUGUGGGGAGGAGAGCUUUGGUACAGGCUCUGACCACAUUCGAGAGAAAGACGGUCUCUGGGCUGUUCUAGCGUGGCUGUCCAUCAUUGCAGCUCGUAAACAGAGUGUGGAGGACAUACUGAAGGAUCACUGGGCAAGGUUCGGUCGGAAUUACUACUGCAGGUUUGAUUAUGAGGAAGUGGAUCCGCGGGUGUCCUUCUACUUGAUGAGGGACCUUGAAGCUCUAAUCACAGAACGAUCGUUCGUAAACCAACAAUUUGCUGUAGGAAAUCACAAUUACACAGUGGAGAAAACAGAAAACUUCGAGUACACAGAUCCUGUUGAUGGCAUUGUGACCAGGAACCAGGGACUGAGACUGACAUUCACGGACGGCUCCAGAAUAAUUUUCAGGUUGAGCGGGACGGGGAGUAUGGGAUCGAUAAUAAGGUUUUACGUGGAAAGUUAUGAGAGGGACCCAAGCAGAAACAACAAAGAACCACAGGUGGUGCUGGGGCCGCUGAUCGCCAUCGCGCUGAAACUGUCACACGUCCACGAGCGGACCGGCCGGAGGGGGCCCACGGUCAUCACUUGAGCACGGCCCACCCACACCUACCCAGGGGGCCAGGAGAACGUACAUCCUUUCCGCAGUCUGUAUCAGCUGCUCACGCUUGCACCUCCCUACCUACAUGCUGGCAGAACAUUACUCUAAACAAGGGAAGAGAAAAGCAAUGUUUUGCAAAAAAAAAGAUGAGGUCCUUUCUUGCCUUUAUCUGGCUGUGUUAACAAUAUCGUUGUGUUUUAUAAAGAACCACUGUGUUAUUCUUGCAUGACAUGUGUUGUUUGGGUUAGCAAAUAGGAGAGCUGUGAUUUAUCUUUAUGUUGUAAGUUCAGUGUAAAAGAUCCACGUGAUGGCUUGGUACAAUUAUAAUAUUGUAAACCAUCAUUUAAAAUUGAAAUUCUCAACUUUCUUCCCCUGCCCGAUCUAAACAAAUACUAUUAAACUAUAUUGCUAACAAA